CACCUGGAGAGCAGGAGGAAGCUGCUGGAGGUAUCACAGAGAGAGAGGACGCGCUGCUGGAGGAGCCACCGCUUCAUGUGUCUGCAGUUUUCUAAUCUUGGAGCAUUUUUGUGUGUUUUAUUGUUUUGUUUUUUGAAAGAGGAACUGUAUUUAUGAACACCUUUACCUAGACAUUCGGAAACAACCAACACUGACGAAUGUGCGUUUUUAUUGUUUUGGGAAUAUUUGAUAUAUUUUUUUAUUGUUGAGAGGUGGCAGAGGUGUGUUUGGCAGUUUCUUUGAAUUGGUUUUUACUGCGAGUUGAGAAAACCCACGGAGUUAUUUGGGAUUUUUUUCUUUUAAAUCUCCAGUAAAAUGAGUUGGACUCAGCUGCUCAGGACUGUGCUCUGUGCGGUGGUUUGGUUCCACUCUGCUGAUGCUCUUCCUGCCACAGGCUGCGAGGGAGAUGAUUGCAGCAGAGGUCUGACUUCCUCUUCCUCUUCGUCCUCCUCCUCCUCCUCCUCGUCGCUCCCUUCAUCUUCUUCGUCUUUGGUGGUGAAAUCCCCGCAGCCCUCGCAGGACUUCCUGGGUCAGUUUACCCAAGUGGGCUCGUCAAACAUUGGUGACCGUAAACACCGCGAUGCCAGUGCUGUCCUGCCCUUCAUCGGCCUCACAGGCAGUGCUGAGCAGAGUCGCAGCUGCUGUAAGAACGGGGGAACUUGCAUCUUGGGCAGCUUCUGCGCCUGUCCUCCAUUUUUCACCGGGCGGAGCUGCGAGUAUGACCAACGCAUCAGGAACUGUGGAUCAAUUCCUCACGGUGAGUGGGUUCAGAAAGGCUGCUCCUACUGUCGCUGUGGUUACGGAAUCCUGCACUGCUUCCCUCAUGUCUUCCAUAAAGACUGCGAUGACUCAGAGGAGGUGCGCUGGUAUCAUUCAUCAGCUGUCGGGGCGGCUCGGACCAGCUGUUUCCUGUGUCUGAUGCCGUUUCUUCUUCUGCUUCUCUUCUGAUGGCUUUGUCCAACAUGGACGCUGGACACCAACACCAGGAUUUAUGUGAAACAUUGAGCUAUGGACUAUGCAAUAUUUCUUAAGCUGCUCAAACCCAAGCUUUUUAAAAAAAAUAUUUAUUGCAUUUUGUUGUUUGAAGAGCUGUUCCUUUAUGCGUGAAGACAUGCACGUGUUUUUGUUUUAAAACCAGUUUUUCUGAAUUUAAUUUUGUGGGGACAUUCUGUGACAUUGUGGUUUAUGGGGAUUUACAGAGGGUCUUCUGAACUAAACUGAGCUGUUUAUUCCUGCUUAUGAAUUAAGGAUCUGUUUGAGGACUGGCGGUUGAAUGGACCUGAACCAUAACCAGCUGUGACAUUUUGUAGUAUAUUGUAAGCCGUUUAUCAAUCAGUUUGAAAUCCCAUCCAAUAGCUAACACUGAUUACAGCAGGGUAUUUAUCUAGUUCUUCCAGUUUACAGCUUGUCAGCUUUACACAUAAAUUCAUGCUGUGGCUCUUUUUAAAACGUUGAUCAGCAGUUUAAUGUUGAAAGCAGCAUCCGAGCUCUCUGUAUGUCUCUGCUUGUAAAAACUUAUUCUUCCAGUGGAAGGUCGUCUGUAUGUCUAUGUUGUCUUGAUAAACAACAUGUAUGUGAAGGAAAUUGUACUUAAAGAUUUUUAUGAAAAGUUUGUUCUGUGUCACUUCAGCAUCUGUAGCUCAAUGGAAUUUUUUUUUUGUUCUUGAAGAAGAUACGGAGUUUCUUGUUUUUUUACUUUGUGUCUUCCGUCUGUUUGUGCAAACUGUACACCAGCGUGACAUUUCAUCCCCUGUGGUGAUUAUGUGUUUAUGAAACUGUGGCACAAGAUGUUGGCAGAAACUGAAAUUGCAUUGUCUCUGAAAAACACAUAUUUGCAUUAUUAAAACAAACAUGACACCAGAAGUUA